AUGUUGGGUAGCCAGACGUCGGCCUCACUUCUCUUAGGACUUGCAUCAAUUGCACUCGUUGUCUAUGCUGAUGAACAAAAAGAGUUCGGCUCGUCCGGAUACGAGGUAGAUGGUCAGGAGCUGUAUCCGAACGAGAUGGCGAGGCCCAUCCAGUUCUUCGAUGACUACUCUCGUUUCGUCAAGAGGGGAGACAUCGAUGGUUCGAUGCCUGGUGUGCUCCGUUUCGGCAAGCGUGCCCAAUCCUUCAUCCGAUUCGGCCGUUCCGACGGUGACAACUCCAUGGAAAAACGGGACGCCAGAUCACUUUUCAUGCAAAAGAAGGAGAUGCCUGGCGUCCUUCGGUUCGGCAAGAGGAGUCAGCAGGAGAAGAAGAGCAUGCCCGGCGUGCUCCGAUUUGGGAAGCGCUCGGACAUGCCCGGGAUGCUUCGAUUCGGAAAGCGGGAUGAGAUCCCCGGCGUGCUGCGUUUCGGCAAGAAAUCGGUGCCCGGAGUGCUCCGUUUUGGCCGAAAG